AUGGACAUGGGAAGUGAUUAUGUGAAUCCGAAGAAGACAAGGCAAAGGACUGGUAUUAACAAUGAGCACCAUUAUCGGAUUGAUUGUUUCUUUGCUGUCCUAGAUAUGUUGGUAGAAGAGUUAAAUGGCAGAUUUAAUACUACAAAUUCUGAGUUGCUUUGUUGUUUGUAUGCUUUGAGUCCAAGUGGUCACUUUGUUCACUUCAAUGAUGAGAAGUUGCUGAAACUAGCUCAGUUUUAUCCUGAUGACUUCAAAGAUUUGACAAUUCUAGAGCAUGAACUUCAUCUCUACUUGGAUAAUGUAACCCAUGAUACAAGGUUUGCUAGCUUGGAAAAUAUUGGUGAUAUGGCUGAACUGAUGGUGACUACAAAGAAGCAUACUUCUUAUCCUUUAGUUUACCAACUUGUAAAGCUAGCACUAACACUUCCUGUUGCCACUGCAACCGUUGAGAGGUGCUUCUCAGCUAUGAAGAUUGUCAAGAGUGCUCUCCGCAACAAAAUCAGUGAUGACUUCAUGAACCAUAGCCUUAUUUGCUAUGUAGAGAAAGAGUUGCUCGACAGAAUUUCGAAUGAAGUCAUAGUUAAACGUUUUCAUGAGGUGAAAGAUCGUCGUGGGAUGAAACGAAAGGUUGUAGGGUAG